GAACAACGGAGGAUUCCGAUAUAUGCUCUACGCCGCCAUGCUCGACCCGACCGGCUAGAUUGGCUUAGGCGAGACCACGGCCAGUCCGACUUCUCCGUCACAGCUGAUAGGCCUGUGAUUUCUCUACCUCUUUUUCUUCCAUCAGAGCAAUUGAAAAGGUAUGCCUCAUUACCAAACCCUCUCGGCAGCACUUGCUGCAUGAAAAUGACUUCCUCGGCAUUAUCCAUGACUCUCGAGAACGGGACGUUGGGUAGGUCGGCUGACAGGUACCCGAGAUUGAAACCCGUGACAAGAGCACAUGUCGUAUCGAACGUGAGCCUCUGUAAAUUGUCUGUCUCUGCGCAGGUAGAUAAGGUAAAAUGUGAAAUAGCAAAGAUGGGACCUUUUGAAAAGGGGCGCGUGAAAAUGGCGAUAGUGUACGCGCUGAUGGCGCAUGGCUCAGUGGUGCUGGUGGAGUUCAGCUCCACGCCCACGAUGGCGAACGCUAUCGCCCGAAAAAUCAUCGAGAAAUUUCCUGGCAACGAAGAUACGAACGCUUCCUACUAG